CCCUCUCUCUCUCUCUCUCUCUCUCUCUCUCUCUCUCUCCUAUACAUUACCAUAAUUCAACAUUUUCAUCACUGAAAUUCAACACAAAUGCGGACUUCCUUGCAUCUCUUCUCCUUCCUCUACUUUCUCAUUUCUCUCUCCUGUACAGAUGGGACUCAACUCAUAGUAGUGAACAACUGCAAGGAGAGCAUAUGGCCUGGAAUCUUAGGCAGUGCAGGCCACCCAUCCCCUAAAGAUGGCGGUUUCCAUCUCUGCAGCGGCGAGCAAGUGACCAUUGAAGUCCCUGAGGGGUGGUCAGGCAGAAUAUGGGGAAGACAGGGCUGCUGCUUCGACCAAGCUGGUAAAGGCUCCUGCCAAACCGGAGACUGUGCAGGGCUUUUACACUGCCAGGGCACAGGCGGACAACCACCAGCAACCCUUGUUGAAAUGACAUUUGGAACCUCCAAAUCAGCCUUACAUUUCUAUGAUGUGAGUCUGGUUGAUGGGUUCAACCUGCCUAUUUCAAUGACCCCAGUGGGCGGUGGUGUAGGAUGUGGCGUGGCUGAGUGUGAGACCAACUUGAAUAUUUGCUGCCCAUCUGCUUUGGAGGUUAAACGUGAAGGAAAGGUGGUGGGUUGCAAGAGUGCCUGUUUGGCUGCGAAAUCAGAUAGGUAUUGUUGCACUGGAGAGUUUGCUAACCCGAAGAGUUGCAAGCCAACAGUUUUUGCUCAUCUCUUCAAGGCCAUUUGCCCCCGGGCUUAUAGCUAUGCCUACGAUGAUUCUAGUGCACUUAAGACAUGCAGGGCCCCUCGGUAUGCUAUUACCUUCUGCCCUCCCAAAUGAUCAAUGACAUUACCGGUUAAAUUUCUGGCUUCAUUAGUAGUUUCUUGUCCUUGUCUUUUGUUUGGUUAAGUCUGGGGUUCUUUGAAGUGGAAAGUUAGGUGUCCAUUCUGAAUUUAAUGAAGUUUGUCAGUGCUGAUGAAAAGUUUGAGUCUUUCCAUGUAUUAUUAGUCUGAUUUGUGCGUACUUUAAGCAAAUAUAUGAGAACUAGUGUUGCAAAACCGUGAA